ACGCAACAUCCUUCCCUCCCUAGCUAGCUAACGUCCCCCAACACCCCACUAUUAUUAUCACAAGAAACAAAGCACUGAAUGCUUUGAGAGAGAGAGAGAGAGAGAGAGAGAGAGAGAGUUCUAGACAAAUAAAGACAAGGAUUUUUAGAGAGUGGAAUUCAUGGAAAUUGGGUCAGAGGAGGAGAAGAUGGGAUUCGAGGAAACUGAGCUGAGGCUAGGAUUGCCAGGAAAUGGAGGAAGUACUGAAGGAGAGGUGGCGAGGAAGAGAGGUUUCUCUGAGACUGAGGCUACAACUAUGGAUUUGAAGCUUAAACUUUCUUCCAAGGACGCGGGGAUGGAUCUGAAUGAGAAGGCGAAGAACCUAAAGAAGGAGAAGAACCUUCUCACCGCUGAUCCAGCCAAGCAUCAUGCUAAGGCACAAGUGGUGGGUUGGCCACCAGUCCGAUCAUUCAGAAAGAAUAUGCUAGCUGUCCAAAAGGGCAGCACCGAAGAGAGUGACAACAAGGCGAGUGGCAAUGCUGCCUUUGUGAAGGUUAGCGUGGAUGGUGCACCUUAUCUUCGUAAGGUAGACUUAAAGACGUACCAAAGUUACCAAGAGCUCUCGGAUGCCUUAGGAAAAAUGUUCAGCUCCUUCACUAUAGGAAUGAAGGAUUUCAUGAAUGAGAGCAAGUUGAUGGAUGUUUUGAACAGCUCUGAUUACGUUCCAACGUAUGAGGACAAGGUCGGUGACUGGAUGCUCGUUGGUGAUGUCCCAUGGGAGAUGUUUGUUGAUACAUGCAAGCGUUUGCGCAUCAUGAAGGGAAAGGAGGCGAUUGGACUCGCGCCAAGAGCCAUGGAGAAAUGCAGCAACAGAAGCUAAACUAGUAAGCUCCACAACGGCCUGCUCCUUUGAUCUGGUCGCAAAGAUCAUAAGUGCAAAUUAAAACCAAAUCAACGGUACCCAAAAGCGCGCAGAUGGAUUGAGCAGGAUGCAUGGGGAGUGAUGUUUUCUGAAUAGUUUGAUAUAUAAUUAAGUAUUAGUGUGAGAUUUGAUGAUCUAUAUUUAUUCAUAUAUUUAAGUAUAUGUCGUGGACAAAAACCAUAACAGCUAGCUCUUAUAUAUGUUCCAAGAGAGUACUUGACCUUGUCUUGCUUGUUUGGUUUCAAAUUUACGUGGCUUGCUUGUUUAAUUUAUAGCAGUGCAAGUGUAAUAAUGUACGGCAUGCUUGAAACAGUUAUAUUUUUAUAUAAUAUGUCUGCUCUUUUAUUAA